AUGGCCGUCGCGGCUCAAAGCACUUCCUUUCUGAAGCUCUUCCUCACGAAACAAUCAUUUCCCGUUACAACAACAACAACAACAAAUUUGUCCCUACCGCCUACGAAUCGGAGACCCCUCUUCGUCUUCCCUCCUCCCCAAGCUCCGUUUUCUUCUCCCAAGAAAAACCCUAAAGACGAACAGCAGAGACUCUCCUUCACCAUUAGUUAUCUUGUCGACUCCUGUGGUCUAUCUCCCGACUACGCCAUCAUCGCCGCUCGGAAGCUCUUACUAGAUUCUCCGGAACGCCCCAACACGGUUCUUAACCUCCUCCGUGACCAUGGUUUCUCCACCUCCCAGAUCUCCAGCCUCGUCAAGAAACGCCCCGUGCUCUUGCUAGCCAAUGCCGAGUCCGUGCUCCUCCCUAAACUCCGCUUCUUCCUCUCCAUCGGCGUCUCAAAACCCUUACUCGCUCGAACACUCGCCUCUGAUCCCACCAUUUUGACCAGAAGCCUCGUCAACCAGCUCAUCCCUUCCUACAAUUUCCUCAAGAGCGUCCUCGACGCUGACGACAAGAUCGUCGCCGCCCUUCGCCGGACGACAUGGAUUUUCCUGGAGGACCACACCAAGAACCUCGUCCCCAACAUCAACCACAUGGCCGAGACGGGCGUCCCCGAGAAAUGCAUACAGCUGCUCCUCACGCAUUUCCCCGAAGCCGUGAUGCAGAAGAACCACGAGUUCCGGGCCAUCACCAAGCAAGCUAAAGAGAUGGGAUUCAAUCCCCAGAAAACGACCUUCGUGCUGGCGAUCCACGCUCUCUCUGGGAAAGGCAAUAGAUCGAUAUGGGACAAGUGCUUCGAGGUGUAUCAGAGAUGGGGGUGGUCGGAGGACGACAUCAUGUGCGCGUUCAAGAAGCACCCGCACUGUAUGAUGCUGUCGGAGAGGAAGAUAAACAGGACGAUGGAGUUUCUUGUCAAGGAGAUGAAUCUGGCGCCUAGAUCGAUCGCAGGGUGUCCGGUGGUGCUCUUCUUCAGCCUGGAUAAGAGGAUAAUCCCGAGAUGCUCGGUGGUUAAGGUGUUGGCGUCCAAGGGGAUGGUGAAGGAGGACUGGAGCUUGACGUCGUUGUUGGUUCCGGUGGAGAAAGUGUUCUUGGAGAAGCUGGUGAUCAAGUACGAGGAGGAGUUGCCUGAGUUGAUGGAUGUGUAUAAAGGAUACACCACCAAACUCUGA